AUAGCGAUAACCGCAGUAUCUGUGAUAACCGUUUCGUCAGCCAUUCCAUCAUAAUUCAUAAUAAUUUUUUUUCCCUAUUAUUUUCUUGUUUGUGUUAAACGAUUAGGUAUAUUGACGAUUGUAAAAAACGAAAUAUCUUAUCGUAUCGUUGUUGACAACUACAAAUGUGGUUUUCUCCAAUGAUUUUAUCGUGAAUACGACGAUAAGGUACGAUCGCGCCCGAUCAAUGACAGAUUUCAUUUUUCGCUAUCUUCGGUUCCGGUCUAUCGUCGUCGUUACAGCUUUAUAGUGUUUGUGUUUGAUUAUAAUUAUUAUCAUCGCAUCGCGCCUACCUAUCGUUAGAAAAAAAAAAAAAAUCGUCAUUUUCGGACCGAACAAAACAGUUUAAAUAAUAUUUGAAUAGCGAUAAACGGUCGUUCGCCGAUGAUUGCGAAAACGUGUAAAAGGUCUGGUGGAGCGGCCAUCGCCGCCGCUUGAUCGCAAAACCAUGACGCAGUCGUAUCAUGGACCGCGUGGGACCAUUGCCACCACCCAGCGCCACCAAUGCAACGCUAUCGGUGGACAGUUCCAAGGGACGUCUGGUGGUCGAUCGAAUAGACUCCAUUAGGAACCUGUUCGGAUGUGAGCUGCGGAUCGUCCACGGCGGUAAUGGGACGUCCCCGGCGGUGGUUUUCGCCGUCACCAGGUUGGACGAAUGUGACAACAAGGCACCCGACGAUCAUUUGAUCGAUCGGUUAAAGUGUUACGUGGACUCAUUGGACGAACUGCAGCUGCAGACACUUGAUGAGUGUAGCAACGACGAUUCGAGCUACGACUCGGACUUUGGUGGCGACGAUGACGCUAGUGGCAGCCAGCACUUUGGGGGCCAUCACGACAUCAGCCGUACUACGUCAGACACGCUCGGUGCCGAGUACGCGGAUUACGUGAGUGCGGCCGCGUACAAAUCGAGAGUUGACUUUGCGCUUAAGCUCGGUUACACUGAACGUUUGGUGCAGACAGCAAUCAGCAAGCUGGGUCCUGAACCUACACAGGAUCAACUAUUAGCAGAAUUGAUCAAGCUUGGUGCGCAAUGUGGUCACAAAUUGCACUGCGAGUCAGACGGUGAAGAAGCUCAAUCGAAUAACAUCAACGAUCCGCUACUUAGUCCGCAAGCGCCUAAACUUCGGCAUGUCGUCAUCGAUGGCAGCAACGUUGCUAUGAGUCACGGAAACAAAGAGACGUUCUCGUGUCGAGGUAUCAAAAUCUGUGUCGAUUGGUUCCGGAUGAGAGGUCAUAAAGACAUCACGGUGUUUGUGCCGAAGUGGCGAAAAGAAGCUUCGAGGCCCGACAAUAGGAGGAUUAUCGAUCAAGAUAUUCUAACAGAAUUAGAGCGCGCCAGGAUGCUAGUUUUCACUCCUUCUAGAGAAAUUGGUGGUAAGCGCAUGGUGUGCUACGAUGAUCGGUACAUUCUGCGUUUGGCUUCGGAACUCGACGGCGUUGUCGUAUCGAAUGACAACUAUCGAGAUUUAGCCAACGAGAGCCCGGCGUUCCGUUCGGUCGUGCAAAACAAUAUACUCAUGUAUUCUUUCGUUAAUGACAGGUUCAUGCCGCCAGACGAUCCGCUGGGCCGUUCGGGUCCUACCCUCGACGUGUUCCUCCGGAGUAAAGCGCCAGGCGUCGGUCUGACCGCCGUCAGUGCAGAGACUUGUCCGUACGGCAAGAAGUGCACGUACGGUAACAAAUGCAAGUUCAGUCACCCCGAGCGCGGUCUGCAGCCCGUCAAGUCUGUCACCGAACGGUUGAUGGAGCACGCCCAGCGACAGGGCUCGGCCGGCCGACAGAUCAAGGGUAAGUCGGUCAGUCUGCCACUGCAGCAGUCCGGCUCCAAUAACCAAAAAAAGCCGUUGACCCGGACGUUGUCCAACGUCCCGCCACCGACUACGACGACCACCCCGACAACCCAUCACCACCCUCACUGGAUGGUGGGUGGUGGCGGCGGCGGUGGCGGAGCGUGGUCGGCGCCACCGCCGAGCUCAAACAACGCGGUGUAUUGCGGUAGGGGCAAGCCCGCCGAGUCGUCCGAGCCCGACCCGGAUUGCAGCAACUUGCACCACAAGUUGCAGCGGCAGCUCACGCUGAACCCGACCUAUGACCCGCGUCUGGUGCAUCUGCGGCAGAGCCAGCACUGCAACGUGACGCGAAUAGCGUCCGCUCCACCCGUGCCCAUGCCGCAGCCGCCGAUGAACAUGGCGCCGCACACGGUGGCGGCCAGCUGUUCGGACCCGCAGAUAUUUCCCGGUUACCACGAGGCCAGACAAAAGCUUUACUACCACCUGGCGUCCAUAUUUCCCGAGGAACAGGUGUCGGCAGCCAUGCAGUACUACCCGAACGAGACCAAUCCCCAAAAGAUUUGUGCUGCUAUUCUGAACAUGUUCUCGAAGACGUGAUGACGUGGACGCAUUUGUCUGUUCACAAAUGUGAUUUUGUCUGACAAUAUAUUAUAACGUAUCGGUAUAUUAUAUUAGCUUAUCGACAAGACGGCGACACUCGAUACAAUGUAUCUGAUUAUUAGUGUUGAUUUAUUCUUAAAUCAUGUAUGAUAUUUGUGUAGACUAUUAUGUUAAUUUUGUUGUUUAAGUGUAUUUUAAGUCGAUAUUUUUAUACUUCUAUGUUUUCGUUAACUUGUCAAAAUGACAGAACAUCGCGAUAAUAAUAAUAUUUUAAUUUUUUAA